UCCAUUAGGUUCGUUGCUAGUUGAUUUGUUAAUUAUACUAUAUAUAUGGGAAUAUUUUCUAUAGUGAAAUGAAAUUGAGUAGUAGCUCAUAAGAAUUCAGAUAGGUCAUACAUUUAGAGCAUUUAAAUUAAUCCUUUUAAGACCUUACAAUCGGGUAAUGAUUUAUUUUUGUAACAAUAGCUAGAAUUUUCCACAUGUCUGUUGGCAAACUUAAACUUCAUCUAUGCAAAUGUGAGUCAAUGCAAAUCAAAAUCAAAAGAAAUUGCACGACUGUCACUAGAAAGGGGUAACCUUACCACUCGGUGACCCAUAGACAAAGCCCAUAUUUGAAUUUAGCUCGAGUUUCGUACACCUGCGUGUUCAAUUAUUUCAAGUGUUGCAGCUGAAAGCAAAAACCGAGUAAAUAAUAUGCCAUUGUCUAUUUCCGGAGUUAGUAGAGCUCCACGGCUGACGGGCAAGCGAUUCCGGCCGGAAUGCGACUACUGACAUUCAAAACGUCGCACCGUCCAAUUGUCAGUCAAUUUUUACCAUGGAACUCCGCUGCAAUCGGAAAGUCAUGGGUCCCCCAAUCCCCACCCACCUCACAUGGGUGUGUGUGACCCCUUUUGACUGGUUCAAUGUCACAGACCUUGGAUGGCACUCCAUCUUAUUCCAUGUGGAGUUCACAUAUGCGGCGUAUGUCAUUUGAGUGGUGCGUUUGUUUAUCUAGGCCGAAAUGCCGUCGUGACAGCAGAAUCAUAUGUGGACAUUGAGAAGCUGGACUACAGCCUCUAUCUGCCGCUCUUCUUCGACGGACUGGCGGAGACGAAACAUCCCUACAAGACCUAUGCCCGCCAGGGAGUCACGGAUCUCCUGUUGGCCGGGGGCGAGAAGAUACACCCGGUGAUACCGCAAUUAAUAUUGCCGCUGAAGAACGCAUUGAGCACACGAAACCUGGAGGUAAUGUGCACGACAUUGAAGAUAAUCCAACAGCUGGUCAUGUCCUCGGAUUUGGUGGGACCCGCCCUGGUGCCCUUCUACCGCCAGUUGCUGCCCAUGUUCAAUGCGUUUAAGGUGAAAAACUUAAACUGCGGCGAUGAGAUCGACUACGCCCAGAAGAACAACCUGAAUCUGGGGGAUCUGAUCGAUGAGACGCUGCAGGUGCUGGAACUGCAUGGCGGCGAGGAUGCCUUCAUCAACAUCAAGUACAUGGUGCCGACCUACGAGUCCUGCUAUUUAAAUUGAAAACUACGCUUCAUGGUCUUGUCCCUUUACAUACAAUAUCAUAAGUAUUUAUUGAAUUUUACAAAACAUUACAGCAUUAAAUAGAUAUUUGUUACCAAA